GGCAGAGAAGGCUAAGGCUGCUUGCCCUGGCCCACUUCUCACCUGCCUCCUUCCUUUCUUCCUUGAAUCGGACGACGGCGAAAUAUCUUUUGAAUCCUGGGGGUUCUAAAGGAAAACAAAACAAAAUCAAAUCCUGAAAUCUCUUUCUUCUUCUAUCAACGAACCAACCAACGUCGGUGUAAGGGAUUGAUUGAUUGAUUGAUUGAUUGCUUUGACAGCUAUGGACGAGGUUAUGACCGCGGCCGAUUCUGUUUCUAGCUUACGAACGUAUUCUUCACAGUCUUCCUCCUUUUCACCUUGGAAUCUCCCUCUUCUCUCCGCAGUUCUCGCUUGUGCUAUUGCUCAGUUUCUCAAGCCCGUUACCACCUGGUAUAUGUGCAGGUUCAAGGAGAAGAGAUGGGAUUCUAGAAGGAUGGUUGGAUCAGGUGGAAUGCCGUCGUCACAUUCAGCGCUUGUUACGGCUCUUGCUUCAGCUAUUGGUUUUCAAGAAGGAGUUGGAGGGUCUAUGUUUGCCGUUGCAGUCGUUCUAGCAUGUGUUGUCAUGUAUGAUGCAUCUGGUGUCAGACUUCAUGCUGGUCGGCAAGCUGAAUUAUUGAAUCUAAUAGUAUGUGAGCUUCCUCCUGAGCACCCGGUCUCUACUGUAAAGCCUCUUCGUGAUUCGCUUGGCCAUACUCCACUUCAGGUAAUUGCAGGUGCUGUGUUGGGAUGUAUUGUGGCAUUCAUCUUAAGAACCUCGUAAUAGGGGGGCAUUAUUUUAAGGUGAGACCUCUUUGCAAGCUAUUUAGAUUGUUUAACCAUGUUUGAUGGUUCCAUUGAUUGUGCUGGCUAAAUAACAGCCAUGGUUUGUUAGUCGAAGUCAAAACUAAAGACAAGUUUUAUGAAAACUCGAAACCAGCCUUUUGUUCUGUCUCGUAUAUUAAAAGCAUGUUAAUGUAGUAGAAGUUCGAUCUGUUUUAUGUUUCUUUCAGCAACUCUAGAUAUGAAAGUUUUUUAAGAUUAUAAUGUGAGAUUUUACAUGUUUCAAUGUUUAUAAACAA